AUGGAACCCCUCGUUGGAGGUUCGCCGGAAACUUCUAUGUCACCGGAGACGGUUACCACGGCGUUGGAAGCUGAGACCAACGAAAGAAUCCUAACAUUCAUAAGGCCAACGGAUACAGGAAAUGUAAAAGCCAAUUCAACUUCCGGUCCUUCAUCUUCAAAUUCAUCUGCUGCUGAUCUCAUUGCUUGUAGCGAAGAUCUUUUAACCGAGAUUUUUCUCCGGUUACCGGUGAUUUCACUCAUACAAUUAACGUCCGUAUCGAAACAGUGGAACUUGUUCAUAAAAAGCUCCAGUUUCUGUCUCCUCCGAAACCCUAACCCCGAUCCCCCUUCUGGUCUCUUUUUUGAAGGUUGGGACGCUCGUUAUAAAUAUCAUUACGUGCCAAUGGAUUUCGGGAAUUUGGUCAACAGACCUCCAUUUACGACCCUCCGUUUUGACUCAGGUUCUAUUAAGAUUUUACAAUCUUGCAAUGGUUUACUCCUCUGCGCCAACGAUUUUCAAAAGUAUUACGUUUACAAUCCCACAACCAAUCGAUUUACCACGCUUCCACAACUAAACAAUUUCAAUCCGGAUGGUAUUUGCUGUAUGACAUUAGCUUUCGAUUCAUCAAAAUCAUCUCAUUACAAAGUCGUAUGCAAUUACAUGUACAGAGUCAUGAUGAUCGAGAUUUACUCAUCAGAAUCCGGCAAAUGGAAGAUCUCAAACGAAAGUACAGACGAUUUGGUAGAUCUAGAUCGAGGUGUUUACGGACACAACGCCAUUCACUGGAUGAGCUUUCCGAAUCGGCUCGUAUAUCUGAAGCUAGAUUCAGAGCAACUUCAUUACAUCGACAUAGAUACACCUGACACCACCGUCUAUGGCACAAUUCUCGAUGAGUUUUUAGCAGAAUCUCGUGAAGGUAUGCUUCUUGUUGUGCGUUGCUGUAGGUUCAGAAGGUUGAAUGUUUACGAGAUUAAAAAAGACUAUUCCGAGUGGUCAAUCAAGUAUCAUGUCGACCUUGAAGAAGUUAUUAGGGUUUACCCAAGCAUGCUGACUCGCCUAGGGCUUCAUUUUAUGGUGCAAUCGCUUGUUCUUGGAGGAAGAGAAGAGGAUUCAUUUAUAGUUCUCGAGCUUCCCGGGAAACUUAUACAAUACAAGUUCGUGGUAAACACAAUCUCCCAGCUUCGUGAUUUCACAACUGAGAGUCGUAGGUGUGUUCAUGGAGGCUUCUUCCCAAAGACCAUCUUUCAACUCUCUGACUUUACACGUGAGAAUCGUCGUUUCAUCAAUGGAAGCUGUUUUCAUUUCAUCCCUUCCCUCGCUGGUGUCUGA